CAGGCUGGCUUGACUGCCUGCGGCGCGGGCGCCUCCCUCACAGCCGCUGCCACCUCUGCGCUCCCGCCUACUGCCCGCUUCCCGGCUCCCGCUGCGGUUGCGGUUCUGGCGGCCGAUCCCCCGCGGCGCUGCAGCCCAGCUCUGGCUUGCCGGCUGACUCGCACCCCUUCCUCGCUGCCCGCAGCCUUCUGAUCCACGCGCGGCGCUGCGGCAGGUACCCUGGGCAUCCCGAGGCGCGGUGGCCUGAACCCGGCCGCCAUCAAUGACCCCAGCCGCGGACCUUUUCCAGGCCGGCCAGUCCGUGUCUUGUCUCACUGUCCGUGUUUGAUAUUAAAUCAUGGGGAGGAAGCUGGACCUGUCCGGCUUGACGGAUGAUGAAACAGAGCAUGUCCUCCAGGUGGUUCAGAGAGACUUCAAUCUCCGAAAAAAAGAGGAAGAACGACUAAGUGAGAUGAAGCAAAAGCUGGACGAGGAAGGCAGCAAGUGCAGCAUCCUCUCAAAGCACCAGAAGUUCGUGGAGCACUGCUGCAUGCGCUGCUGCUCGCCCUUCACCUUCCUGGUCAACACCAAGCGCCGCUGUGGGGACUGCAAGUUCAACGUCUGCAAGAGCUGCUGCUCCUACCAGAAGCACGAGAAGGUCUGGGUCUGCUGCGUCUGCCAGCAGGCCAGACUUCUGAGGACUCAGUCUCUGGAAUGGUUCUACAAUAAUGUGAAGAGCCGCUUCAAGCGCUUCGGCAGUGCCAAGGUCCUAAAAAACCUGUACCGGAAACACCGGCUGGAGAGCGGUGCCAGCUUGGACAUUCUAGGAGGAGGCUUUUUUGAGUCUAACCUGGAGAAUGAAGGAAGCAUUUCAGGCAGUGACUCAACAUUUUAUAGGCAGUCAGAAGGACACAGCAUGAUGGACACCUUGGCCGUCGCCCUACGAGUAGCAGAAGAGGCCAUUGAAGAAGCCAUUUCCAAAGCCGAGGCCCAUGGGGACAGUCUGGACAAGCAGAACGAGGCCAGUUACCUGCGGGAUCACAAGGAGGAGCUAACUGAGGAGCUGGCCACCACAAUACUGCAGAAGAUCAUAAGGAAGCAGAAAAGCAAAAGUGAGCAGCAAGUGGAAGAGGAGCCCGAGUGGCCACAGCCCCAGAGCUGCAGCUCCAAGAAGGCGGACAAGGGGGACGCCGCCUCCCCACCAGGCCACCAAGCACUCCCCACCCUCUGGCGCUCCCAGUCUGCAUUCUCAUUCUCUGGUGAAGAUAUCCUGAAGCCCUCUUCCCAGGAGACUGUGUCAAGGCACCCGAGGCACUGGAGCCAGCAUCAAAAGAAGGAGUCUGCUCUGACCAGCUGGAAGAGCAUGGAUGGGCUGGAUGGAAAAAGUCCGGUUCCAGUGUUGCAGAGCCCCGAUGGGAACUGGGUGGCUCUGAAGGACGGUGCUCCGCCCCCAACCCGCCUGCUGGCCAAACCUAAGAGUGGGACGUUCCAGGCCCUGGAGGUGGCUUCCAGUGUGGCAUCUGCCUAUGAUGAGAUGGGCUCCGAAAGCGAGGAGGACUUUGACUGGAGUGAGGUUUUAAGCAAGCUAUGUCCGCAGUCCCAGGGUCUGCCCCGGCACCCCCAGGCACAGCCUGCACAGGCCCAGGGCGCUGACCAAGGCCCCUCAGCCAUCUCCUUAUCUGGGCUCUCCCCCAACCCUGAGGCUAUGUGCUCUGACUCAGAGACCUCCUCAGCAGGCUCUUCCCGGGAUGCUGGGCACAGGACCAGACUGUCCUGGAUGCAGAGGAAGGUCCCCAAGAACCCCGCAGCAGAGAAGAUGCGUCUACAGGGAGAGCUGGACGUGAACUUCAACCCCCAGGUGGCCAGUGGAGAGACCUCAGAUAGCAGCGAGCCAGAGGAGGCCCCACACACUGUAGACCGGCGGGCCAGGCGGUGGAGAAGGGCCCGCGUGGGCUCAGAGGAGCCAAACAAGGAACCAUCUUCCACCAGUGCCCAUCCCCAGAUAUCAGGGGAUGUAUCAGAGACGGACAUCAGCAAUGAGGCUCAGAAUUCUCGGACCAGCACAGACACCCAGGAGGAGAAGCUGAGAAAUAGGUUGUACGAGUUAGCAAUGAAAAUGAGUGAAAAGGAGACUUCUUCGGGGGAGGAUCAGGAGUCUGAGCCCAAGACAGAAUCUGAGAACCAAAAGGAAAGUCUGUCUUCUGAAGAGAACAACCAUAGUGUCCAGGAAGAGCUGAAAAAGAAGUAUUCUGCUGUUUCUCUCUGCAACAUCUCCACAGAAGUCCUGAAAGUCAUCAACGCCACAGAGGAGUUGAUAGCGGAGUCUACAGGGCCCUGGGAGCUCCCACCAGUCCCUUCUGACCGAGAAAAGGGGACGUUUCCUCUUGGGACAGACCAAGUGAAACUGGAUGAACAGCUGACUUCCCUGGAAGAAAACGUGUACCUGGCAGCUGGCACUGUGUAUGGGCUGGAGGGCCAGCUGAGUGAGCUGGAAGAUGCUGCCCGCUGUAUCCACAGUGGCACUAAUGAGACUGAGUUGGAGGCUCUGGAGGACCAGGUGGCAACAGCUGCAGCGCACGUCCACCAUGCUGAGCUCCAGAUUUCUGAUAUCGAAAGCCGGAUUUCAGCCCUGACCAUUGCAGGCUUAAACAUAGCACCGUGUGUGCGCCUCACAAGAAAACGGGAUCAGAAGCAAAGGAACCAGGUACAAACCAUAGACACAUCAAGGCAGCAGAGGAGGAAACUACCUGCUCCGCCAGUGAAAGCUGAAAAAAUGGAGGCAUCUUCAGUGACCACCAUGAAAACAUUUAACCACAACUUUAUCCUCCAAGGCUCCUCAACCAACGAGCCCAAAGAAAGGAAAAGCCCCGCCAAGGAUUUGAUGGAGCCCGCCCUGGAGUCUGCUGCCCUGUAUUAACGCCACCGGAGCUCCACUGCCAGUGACCCACUGCCUCCGGCCAUACACAACAGUGCCUUGACCCAACAGCCAUCGAAUACCGUAUGGAUUUCCACCUGAGGAGAGAGCCUGGGGUGGCCACAGCAUUCCACUGCACAGGGCUGUCCUGAUACCUCACCCAGAAAGCAGCCUCAGACUUCAGCAUUGCGGUCUUGCCCACUCUCUGCCUUAGGCUUCCUGGAGAAUCCAAGACAGCAAACCAAGAUGCUGGCUUCCAACGGCAGAGCUCCAUGUUCAAAAGAUGCAUCUUUUCCUGGUUUGCUUUGCUACUAUGUGUUGUCUGUAAAAAUCUUUUUGUUUUCCAGUCCCUUUGAUUCAAUUAGAAUUCUGUGUCAACUAUUUGUCCCAUGGAAAAUUAUUGGAGGGGGGUGGAGGGAAGGGAGAUAGAGAUAUCAUUUAGUUCCUCAUCAAUAUAACCAAAUCUCUCACAGGCAUCCUUGUCUUACAGAUGCUGAGGGGAAAAGUGGAAAGGCCCCCGUAGCGAACACUUAGGGCAGUGUAACUUGGGGGUCUCUCAACCAUCAAGCAUGCAAGUGUCCCUUAGCUACCUCCUCCUCACCCACCUCAUUACCAGCGAUUCCCCUUGCUUUACAGCCACAGGCCACAGAAUGGAAAGCCCUGACUCGUCCCCCAUCAUGCCAGGUCCAUCUGAUACAAUGUCUCCUUAAGAAUUUGGGGUUCCUCCACAGACUUACUGAGAGUGUCCUCACUCAGAAGAGGAGAAGGGGUGGAGGAAGACCACCAUUAGCUCAGCUUUUUCUAGGGCAAUGUCCAGAAUCAACGUGACUCCGUUGAGCAAUGGCCGCACCUCAGUGAGUUUUGGGUAAAUGAAUUCUUGCAAAACAUAACCGCGUACGAAAACUUGUGUCCUCCAAAAUUGAUUUCCUAAUGAAUAUUCAGCACAGUAGCAAAAUGAUCUUAUGGAUUUAAAAAAAAAUGGUUAGGGAAUAGCCUUAGAAAAUUUGAAAGUAUGAAAAGAAUCAAGAACAAACUGAGUUUAAGGGACACAAGAAUUGACACUCACUGCAUGUUUAUGGUCUGUUUGAAUCUGACUCAACUGCAUGACUAUUCAGAGAGUAUUUAUACAAGCAAGUGGAAUUGGAAUUUCACUCAAUUAAUUGGGCAUUAGCAACACGUUUACAUGUUUUUAAGUGUUUGCUCCUCAUUGAUUAUGGAUCUGAAGAAGGAGGCAAGGGAAUAGGGUGACUAGAGUUUAUUACAUGCCAGCUCUGAAGAAGGCAAUGUUCUCAUUUUAAUCUCCAUAGCAUCCCUAUUUCAGUAAGUAUACCCAUUUUUUAGAAUUGAUAACCAAGGCCAGAGAGGUUAAUUUGCCAGAACCACACCUGUGAGCUAAUUAUGAUUGGAAUGCCUCCCAAAAGCCUGCAUUGUCUUCAGCCUCUCUGUUCUUUAGCUGCCAUGUACAUUUCCGGUCCCGACUGGCUGCCGAGUUGUGUGUCCUGAUCCACUCCUGAUGGGGGUCUCUGUAUCUUCCAAUAAUACUCCUUGCUGAUGCUGUGUAUGUGUUAUCCAACAGAAACGACUCCUUUGAAAUAAGUAAAUCUUUGGCUUUUUUGUUCUGUUGGUGUGAUUCCAAGCAAAAACAAAAACAAAUUUCAAAAACACAACAACAAAAUCUGACUUCCAAAUAGAACGUUUUCUUUAAGAGGCAUGAAAAGCAACUAUUGUUGUGUUCCAGUGUUAAACUCUUCAGUUUUCUUUGACAAAAACGUGUACUGUGUAAGCCUUGCAAAAAAAAAAAAAACAAAACAAAACAAAAAGAAGCCUGAUCCAUGGCAUUUGAACUUUUAUAAAGGUUUCCUUGUGCCAAAUAAGUGCAAAGAUUUAAUUUACUAUUAAAAACCAUAAGCAUAUGUUAUAGUUCCAGAAGAAUUAUUUUGUCAUCAAGUGAUUUUGAUCUUUAGUGUCAAUAUUUAUAUUUAGAUUAAUUUUAUAAAUGAAAAUAUUUUAAUGGUUUAAGAAAAGUAGGACAAUAUCUUUGAUGACCUCUGAGAUUUAUGCUUGCCUUCAUGUUAUAUGCAUAUUGCCAGGAACUACUGUCAAGAGAAAUGAUAAAGAAGUAAAAAUCAUUUAUGAAAAUA